AUGGCUGCGGCGAAGAAGAAGAUGAAAGGUGGUCCCUUCUACAUCGUUGAGCAUUUGGAAGAAGGGCUCGGGGAAUGGUGCCGACUGGAGUAUCGCCACAUGGCCUCCUUUGUGCCUCCUGAGCAGUUAAUCUUCCUCAGAUGGCCAGCUGAGCAGGACGUUCACCAGCUGGUCCCUAGUGGGGCCACACCUCCGAAAACCGCCACGCAGCGCCUGGAGCAGUUGGUCCCAGCCGAUGGCUCCUCAGCGACAGAGGACUCAGGUGGCAUUUGCCUUCCUUCUUGGGACCGGAUAUGCCUGCUUGAUAUGGAUGCCGAGGAUGUCCUUCAGCCGGACGAUGUGGCAAAAUUCGAUGCCUUUGUGUUUGGUGGUAUUCUUGGGAAUGUGAUUGAGAAUGACGAUGGUUCUUACGGCAGCGAUGACCGGACAUCGGAAAUCCGCCGGGUGCCCGGAAGAGCAGGGCAUCUGGGACCUAUGCAGAUGACCACGGAUACUGCAGUGCUCGUGUCGCAGAAGGUCCUUGAGCGUGCUUGCCCACUGGCGGAGAUACCGUUUCUGGACUCACCGGAGUUCCAGCGCACUGCCGAGGGCGAAGGACCUGCUGCAUCAGACUCGGUCUGCAUGGAGGUUGGGGAGCCCAGCUGCAUGCAUUCUUGUGAGACUCUGUGUGUUUGUCUGUGUGUGUGUGUGUGCAUGCGCAUGCAUGUUUGA